AAUUCCUGUAAUAGGAGGGUAUUACAUUUGCCUUAACGCAUCUGCCAACUCGGUGAAUGUACUCACAAACUGGCUGAACUCAAUUCAUUAUUCUCUUUCAGGGGAAACGAUCGCUUCCUCGGUGCAUGAGCACGAAACAAAAGGCGAUGGCAGUGACCAGUCAUCGGCUGAUGAUAAGUCAUCUGUAAUGAGGUCUCCAGGAUUGGAGAACCUCAGAGUGAAGGAACUGAGCAAGUCUGUCCCAAUGCUGAUAUCUGAGAGCGAAUCUGAUUCAGCUUCAGAGAUCAGCUUCAACGUUGGAUGGCACAGGAAGACUCCGAGUGAUGCCAGCCACUCUUCAGAUAUGGCAUCUGUAUCUUCGGUGAGUGGAAGCAUCAUGAGCGUUUACAGUGCUGAUUUUGGGAGCAUUGAUGCUCAGGGCUCUGUUCGGUUUGCUCUGGAUUACAACGAGAAGAAUAAAGUGUUCCAAAUCUAUGUGAGUCAGUGUAAGGAUCUUGCCGUGGUGGAUGAGAAGAAGGGUCGGACAGAUGCGUAUGUAAAGACCUACUUGCUUCCAGAUAAGGCACGCAUGGGCAAGAGGAAGACUUCUGUCAAGAAGAGAAACACUAGUCCUUUCUACAAUGAAAUAUUGAAGUAUAAAAUCGAGAAGAGCGUUCUCCUGAUCCAAACACUUAAUUUGUCCAUCUGGCAUAACGACACAUUGGGCCGGAAUAGUUUUCUGGGAGAGGUGGAUCUGGAUUUAGCCAGCUGGGACUGGAGUAAUCGGGAUCUAAACUGGUAUCUUCUAAAAUCGAGGAUUCCGGCAGUGGGAGACGGAGUGGACCACAGGGGAGAAAUAAACCUCGCUAUCAAGUACAUCCCAGUUGGCACCCUCGGCACUGGUGACCCACCUACUGGGGAGGUUCAUAUCUGGAUGAAAAAUGCCAGGGACCUGUUGCAGCUGCGAUCAUCCGGAGUGGACUCAUUUGUGAAAUGUUACGUGCUGCCUGACACAAGUAAGAAGAGCUACCAGAAGACCCGGAUAGUGAAGAAGGACAUCAAUCCAACUUACAACCACACCAUUGUAUACGAUGGCUUCAGAACGGAGGAUCUCAAGGAAGCUUGUGUGGAGCUGACCGUCUGGGACCAUGAGAAACUGAGCAAUCAAUUUCUCGGUGGACUCCGGCUGGGUCUUGGUACAGGAUAUAGUUAUGGGAUCCCAGUGGAAUGGAUGGACUCUACCGAAGAAGAGGCGGCUCUCUGGCAAGAAAUGAUGUCCAACCCAAACGAGUGGAUCCCAGGCUCGUUGGCACUUCGGUCUCGACUCGGUGGCAAGAAGCUUAAAUGAAAGAGCACUUUGUGCAAAAAAAAAAGACAUUUUAGGGUCUUAAUUGCCAAAACAAAA